CACACUCUGAUUGGCCACUUUCCACAGCAAAUCGACGACCCUGAAAACCCUGAAGAGUUGUGACACCACGGCGUCUCCAGACGGCCCUGAACAGCCGUAACACUGUCGUCUCUCUGCGCUGAAACCUGUUCGACUGUCCUGUGGGCCAGGGCACGCCAACAGAUAACAGGUAAGAAGUUCUGGCUGCCGGGGCCUGCCGGUGCUGCAGCAGCUGAGGCCACACCCCAGUGGGAAGGUCCUGGUUUGCACCGAGGGCUCCCUGUUCCUGCAGGCUCAUGGUUGGGGCCGGCUGAGACCGUGCGAAGGCCCAGUUGGAGGUGUCUGGUUUUCUGUCUCCCAUGGAGAACUGUAAAAGUUCGGGUGAAUUCCUACAUGUGGAGAGUGAAGGGACCUUCCAGUGACGUUGGGAUGAGGGGAAGCUCGCUGAGCUGCGUGCACUUCCUGUCUGGUGCUGACGGGGUGGCAUUUUAGAAUGCUUGUGUAUGUGAAGAACUACUUUACAAAUCCACCUACGUGCCCUCCUGUGACACUGAGCUAUUUUGUGAGAACUUGACAUUCUGAUUUCAUUCCUGUUCGUAAUGAGACGGAAAUCUUUAAUCAGAGUAUUCAAACAAUCGGGCGUCACAAACCUCGGCUUUCUGAAGCUUUUUGCAAAUUGCAAUCAUUGGGGGAAAAAAGCUGGAAAGAAAGACGCAGAAGCUUAUCCCCACAGCAGCAUACCAGGGACAGGGUCGAUUAAAUUAGGAGCCUGCAAACUGACAGGCCAGACUGGAUUUUAUUUUGGGAUUGUAUUUUGAAAUGCCCUGACCCAGAAGGAGAAUCUAUUGAUACAGUGCUUAUGUUUAAUUAAAUUGAUCUUCUCUGUUCGCAUAAAAUUGAGAAAGCUUCUAAUUUUGCAAGAUCUACAUUUGGUAAGGUGUUAAAAGAAAGCUUAAGUAGAGGUAAUUUAUUUGAUAGGUUUUGUGUUGUAAAAAUAUUUGUCAAAGAAACGUCUUCUCAGUGGAAGCGAGGACUGUCCCUGAGGAAAUCCUGGAGCCGAGUGUUCGAUGCUUAACAUCGACAUUUAAGAAUCGGUGGCGGGGACGCCCCUUAGGUAGCAGCCCUGGUUCUGAGCUUGCACUAUUAGGUGGUCUGGACGUCACGACCCAAUUCUUCUGACUAUGCAAAAACGUGCCACGGCUUCCCUAGUGACCCGUACUGUCCUGUAAAGAAGUACUCUUCAGAAAAGUAACAGUGCCACAGUGUUAGACAUACAGGACGGGUGUAAAAACGUCCCAAGGAUAAUUCACUGUGUUAUUUUUAAAUUAAUAUAAAAUGUAGCGAUGUAAAUUAUUUGUAUUCAGAUCAUGAAUUUAGCAUUUCUAUUUUAAUGUACAUAGACGUGACUUUAAACAGUGUUUCUAACACCACGUACGUACAUCUCUAUCUGUAUGUACAUGUGUGUGUGUGUGUGUGUGUACAUAGUUUGCCGUAGGGCAUGUGCCCUCGCUGGAGAGGUGAGAAAGCACCCCAGGGGGAGGGAGGACGGCCAUGCGGCAGUCCCUUCUCCAUUCUCUCAGGAUUUGGGGCGUGAACACGUACUUGCACCCGGUGUGUUUUCAAGUCGAAGAGUCUGUGGCUCGAACUGGUCAGUCGUGGGAUCCAGCACCUUAACCUUGUACCAACAGCUGGCCCUGGGUGGGGGAAGGCUUUCAGCAGCUACAGGACGGCCACCCUGGAUGGUGGCCACCCUGAUGUCACCGGCCAGAGCCUGUGUGAACCCAGAGGCGCCUCGGCUGGCCCGUGGACACCCUGCGGGGCGUGGGGCAGGAGGGUCAAGCGAGCCUCUAUGGGGCACCAUCUACUCUGUGAAGCUGCUCAGAACGCUGGCAGGCCCACGUCCAGGUCUUCGAGUCACGCGUAAAAGCGCCGUGGAAGCACGCUGGGUUUUGGUAUUUGUUCAUUUGUUACUUCCGGAGCUGGAGGUGACCCUACAACCACUGCAGAAAUUCCCUUGGAAAUGGAGCAGCCAGGCCCACGGAGCCCAACCUGUCCUUGGGUUCUCCCGGGGCUUUGGCCGCCUGGCGGGAAGGAUCUGCCAUGCCACGGCCCCGGAGUGCACCAGCUGGACGUCCUCUACCCAGGGCCGCCAUCUGUCCGGAGGUCCAGACGGUCCCGGGGCUGCCCCGACUCCGAAGGCCGGUGCUUCUGAGUGGCUGGCUAGAAAGGGCAGUGCAUGUCCUAGGGUGACCUGCAGGGCUUGGGGCACUUCUGACCCCCACCCACUUGUGACACCAGAAGUGACACAGCCGAGGUCCACGGAGGGGCAGGCGCCUCGUCCACACGGCUGCACUGCAGUCCUGGGAUUCCCUCACCCGCGUGGACGACAAACCCAGCCUGCAGGCCCUCCGGCCCCUCAGGUGUAUGUGCGGGCGCUAAAAGCUCCAGCCCCUACCCACAGGGAGGCCCCUUGGUAACCACCCGUCCUGAGCCUAUCCAGGGCCCCAGCAGGAGCCCAGCAGCCACAUCCCACUGGAACAAAGAUGCCCCCAGUGCCCAACCUGUGAGUCUGGGCUGAGCCAGGGUCUGGGCUUCAGCCUACGUACUGGAACAAAGAUGCCCCCAGUGCUCCUAUCUGCGGGGGUCUAGGGCGCUCGGUGCAGGAUCCAGGACACACUUGGGUCCCACCACAGGUUACCUGAUGCUCUGUCCGUCCCUUGACUCUUCCCGGACAAACAUCUUUAUGCGUUGGUGUGUGCAGCUGCGGGACCUGGGCUGAACAGGCGCUGGCCGAACACAUCAGGCUGAGGGGCUGGGAGGGGUCCUGCCAGGGCACUGGCCACACAGAACACGCAGCCCGGGCUCGGCAGUGACCUCCUCCCUUUCCACCACAAACUCUGUUGGCAGCAAACCCGGUUUCUGACUGCACAGGUUAAUGAAGUCCAAAUCGCGCCCGUGUCUCCGAAGCUAAGAUGCUUCCUGGGCGGAGCUCUCCGACCCCAUCACGUUGCCUCAUCGAACUCACACCCAGCAGGUGAGGACCAGGGACCCGACGCAAGUCCCGCUCCACUCUGCUCGCAGCCGCCACCCAGGACCCGCCUGUAGCUUCUGGUGGGCUUUCUACGCCGUGGGUUAUUAAACCAACCACUCGACAAUCCUGCCUUGUUUUCUCCCAAUGUCCAAACUACACUGACAAGAACAGGCCUCAGAUUCACCACCUGACCGGUGACCGAGCUGUGUCGGAGCCGGCAAUUCUGCGGAGAGCCCCACCACCACCGAGGGCGGCAGGAACCAGGGCGUGGGUGUCGAACCCGAGAUGCGUCUGUAAUCAAGUACACGAACACACAGCAGUUUAUUGAGCACACGUACGGCCCUGGGGUACAUGUAAAACAGUGUAAAAGUCGGCAACUAGUCAGGUUAUUUAUAAUUAGACUCUGUCCAGAGUGCUCUCCUCGCCCAGCCAGGAUCAGCCUUUAGUCUCAGUAGUACCCAAAUAAAAUGGCACCCAGGACUGGCCAGGGAAGGCCUACACCACCCUCUGGCUGUCCUGUGGCUCAAGACAGCACACACGUUCUCAUGAUGUGUGUUUUCUUAAAAACAAGAGAAGCAAUGUCAAUGGUUUAAAAAUAAGUAUGUUUUGAAGCAGCAGACAACAUACACUCGCUACCAGCCUACGCCGCACACCGGGACAAGGGCGAGCCGUGUGGCUUGGGGACCACAACGUCGCUGCUGUACAGUCCCUGCAGCGUCUGGCGUCCGUUUUAGCUCUAAAAGAAAAAAUUCUCCUCUUCCUCUGUGAGAUGUGCAUUAAUUAAACAGAAAAAACGUCAGCGCACAUGGCCCUUGGGGAGAAGCUCCUGAAGACAAAGGGAUGCGGCCCGCCGUGUGCCUCUCCCAGGACGCCCCGUCGGGGUUUGG